AUGUUUGGGCUUGAGAUUCCACUUGAUCACCAGAGUACUCAUUCUCUCCUUUAUCCAUUCAAUGAAGAGCACAUUGUGUUGGAAAACAGUAUAUCUCCCCUGGCACUGGGAAAUUUAUCUGGCCCUUCGCUGUUUGAACAUCGGAUCUUUACUCGGCCGAAUCAAGGUCCCCUGGUGUCAUUGGCAAUGCGGAUAUUGCGGUCGUAUCCUUUUAUGAUGCUCCAAAAAACAGCGCUACCUCCGUUUAUUAGCCCUUUGCAAUCAAAUUGGGCUGAGACUGGAGUAGGGCCGCCGCAACAGUCUCUACUUACAUGCAUGGGUCUAGUGCAGCUAUUCAAGAGUCGAACCGAUUCAAACAAAAAUCUUGUAUGGAGGUUGAUUAAGCUCGAACAAGAGAAUAUAUUUUCCAAGCAUGCGGCAUUCGACAAAUGGGAGCUCCUGGCUGCUUUUCAAUCUCUACUCGUCUACUGUUUGCUGCGACUCCAAGAACAGCCAUUGGGCAAUGACGGCUUCGAAGCCGCCCUUCUGACCACAGUGAAUCAUGUAUUUAACGCGCUAGCAUCAUUGGCUGGUGGAAUCCGCAAGAUGAAGCUACCCGACGAUCCCAGUGUAACCUGGAUGGAUUGGGUCUACAACGAAUCAAGGAGACGGACGGUGCUUAUCUUCCAGAUCCUUAAUAUCUUAAUUGAGAUAUCCACGGAGGCUUCUUCCUAUCCGACUUGCGGUUUUGUUCUUGUGCCUCUCGCAAACAAUGCAAGCUUGUGGAAUGCGGAUAACACAGAGGAAUGGCGAACAGAGUUUGUACUCUGCAACAAGGAGCGGAAAAUACACGGGCUCUCUCAAACUGGAGUAUUGACGAAGUUACAGUUGGCUGACGAGUGUGUGAGACUGAGUAAGCUGAGUUCGCUGGAGUGGGAAGAAUGGAGGGCCGAGGUUGGUGAGAUAGGGACACUUGUGAUGAUAGUGGGAGCGUUGUUAUAGUUUGAUGAGUGUCUUCUCCAAGAUCUUGAAGUUCACGGCUUGUUCACUAGACUCAUCUAGUAAUUGGAGAUUGUCUUGGGUAGGUUUCUGGGUACAAAGCCUGAUAAAUCUGGCCAUCCGUAAUGAAAGAAGACCAAAAUGCUAGUCG